ACGACUGCAUUCAAAGAACGGAUAUGUAUAGUGUGCUGCAGUUCGUGCGAAAUGUCUUCUGUGUGCAUUGUAUGGAGAUUGCCCUCGGUGCCAGUUGAUUUCCCUCGAUCUUUUAAGGAGAAGAAAAAGAAUCCGCACUCCAGUGCGCGCGCAACUUCUGCACCGCUACAACACACUUGUGCACUUGUUUUCUCUUUACAAUAAAAAAGAGAUUUUUUCUUCUUCCGUUUGAAAACGAGGAAUACAUUGGGGCGGUCACUUUUGGCACUGCCCAGCUAUUGGAACAUAGAACAGUGUCAGUCGGUGGUGGGAGGUCUAGCUGGCCAUUUGUUUCUUCGGUGCUUUUCACAGUGUCAAAAUGAAACGACAUAAAAGUGAACUGGUUUUCAAAUUAAAUUUCAGGACAAUUAUGACCAACCAUCAGCGAGUGCUGUGCGAUUCUCACAGGGAAAUUAAAUUAAACUGAUAGACGAAUAUGACGGCAAAUAGCAACGACAGUGCGGGGUAUUUGUGGGCGAUCAACGCCACCCGCUGGUUUGUCGAUGACAGCAACGAGACGCUGGGCAUCGAUUGGGACGAUUGGGACGUGUCGCUGUGGACGCCGGAGCAGCGCCAACUUCUGGAACGUGGUGGGGUCUCUCGCCGAAUUCACGUCGCCCUUGGCGUCCUCCUCAGUUUCAUCGUCCUCUUCGGUUUCGCCGCCAAUUCCACCAUCCUCUACGUCUUCUCCAGGUUCAAACGGCUGAGGACGCCGGCCAACGUGUUCAUCAUCAACUUGACCAUCUGCGAUUUCUUCGCCUGUUGUCUCCACCCGCUGGCCGUCUACUCGGCGUUCAGGGGCCGCUGGUCUUUAGGUCAAACAGGCUGCAAUUUGUAUGGGAUGGGCGUCGCCUUUUUCGGACUCAACAGCAUCGUGACUUUGUCGGCCAUCGCCUGCGAGCGGUACAUCGUCAUCACGUCCAGCAGUUGCCGCCCGGCUGUCGCCAAGUGGCGGAUAACUCGUCGACAAGCGCAAAAGGCUUGUGCCGGGAUUUGGCUCCAUUGCGCCGCUCUGGUGACUCCGCCCUGGAUGCUGGGAUGGUCAUCCUACGAGCCGGAAGGAGUUCUAGUCACCUGCUCCUGGGAUUACACGACCAGGACCUUGUCCAAUCGGCUCUACUAUUUGUACCUUUUAUUACUCGGAUUCGUCCUGCCCGUCUCCGUUUUGACGUUUUGCUAUGCGGCCAUUUUCCGGUUCAUCUUCCACAGUUCAAAGGAGAUGACCCGGCUGGUCAUGGCCAGUCACGUCAAAUCGCCGUUCAGCACCAAUUCGACUUCAUUCCGCAAACGGCGGAGGCAAACGGACGUCCGGACGGCGCUGAUUAUUUUGUCGCUGGCCAUGCUCUGCUACACGGCCUGGACACCUUAUGCCAUCGUCAGUCUCAUCGGCCAGUUCGGCCCGGUCGACGAAGAUGGCCAGCCCAAGAAACUGUCGCCCAUGGCCACGGCCAUCCCGGCCUUCCUGGCCAAAACGGCCAUCGUCUUCGAUCCUUUGGUUUACGGGUUUUCCAGUCCGCAGUUCCGCUCUUCGGUCCGCCAGAUUCUGAACAGCGGCGGAUUGCGGGGAGGUCAGUCGCAUAACGCGAUUGCCGGCCUGACGAGAGUUCAAACGAAUCCGAAUUGCCAGCUGUCUCGCGUCAAUUCCGUCGCCGUCCUGUCAUCCAACCGAUUCAGAAUGAACAAAGAUCUUUCCAUUUCAGUCAACAAACUGGUGGUGGGUUCAGAAUUGUUCCAGCAUCAGCAGAGUAUUCCAUUCCAGCCAGUUGUCGGCGGUCAGCUCCGCAAAAGUACAAAGUACAGACGUCGCUUGGAUGAGAGCCGCCGAGCCGAUUCCACCGACGGGCCAACUCAUCCAAUGCCCAGCAACCAGCCCGUUGUCCCGUCUCAUUCCGCUUCUUUUCCGGAGCAGUUAUUCACUCAUCCGCAAAGUCGUUUGCCCAAAGAGCCGGAGAACGAUCCUUACAAAGACACUUGCUUCUGAGUUUAACAAGGUGCUGGCCCACCUGUUGAGUUCAUUUUUUAACAUGCAUUUUGAUUCCAAAAACGAUCGACAAAAUAUUAUUAGCCUAACGUAUGUCCGGUUGCCCAUCAUUUUAUUUCCCCUCUGAUUUUAUUCCAGAAUGAUGUAUAGCGAUGUGGCCUAUUUUCAAUUUUGUUUGAGUUCGAUUACACGCACGAGUUGUACAAAC